AUGUUCCUGGACAUCAUAGGAAGUGCGCUGGAGGCCCGGGACAUUCGCUUUGUUCGGGUGGAUGGUACCACCAAGAUUGACGAGCGACAGGCGACGGUCGACAGCUUCCAGAAGGAGGGCUCUGGAGUUGAUGUUAUCAUCUCCUCGCUGAAGGCUGGUGGUCAGGGUCUCAACCUGACGGCGGCGGACCGUGUAGUUCUGAUGGACCUGUCCUGGAACCCGCAGGACAACCGUCAAGCAGAAGACCGAGCACACCGGCUGGGCCAGACGCGGCCAGUCACCGUGACCUACAUGACGUGCAAAGGCACCGUCGAGGAGAAGGUCGUGAAGUGCAACAUCUCGAAGAUGAAGCUGGACUACGAGUUCGGUGGCCAGAGAAGUGCCCUCGAGGAAGCGGAAGCCCGACUGGACGAGGAAGGCCAAGGCCAAAGUGGCAGCUCAGAGAGCGAAGGCGAGGAGCUUGAGGAAUCCAAGCGCAAGAGCUUCGAAGACGAAGUCUGCAACGAGUUUGCCCAAGAGCUGGGCCUUUAA